AUCACAGCUCUGCAGACAAGAAACCAUGGCGAUGGCAGCAAUACAAGGGCUAUGGUGUUGACACAAAAGUGGGCGGUGACUUAUAGAUAUUCAAUUUUUUUCGCAUGAGCAUUAGGGACCGGCAGACCGGCUCGAGUGACGUUUUGCUUUGCUUCCUCUCAGCCCACUCCAGCUCCGGCUCAGAGCCGGAUUCGGUGUUCGGCCAGGCGGCAAUCGGCAUAAGCACAGCGCCUAAGCAUGAUGGCAUCAUGAUCCGGUCCCGACGGCGAGAGGUGGCUGAAGCCCUGGCCCCAAUUGUCCAAUCACCCCGGAUUCUGGGUGGGCGUAGGCCCUCGUGGUUGGAUCGCCGCGAGCUCGGCUUUUGGGUAAUGGAUUGCGAUGUACGGAGCUGGGUAUAAGAGAUGGGUAUGCGCGUAAAUCCCCGUGCUAU